AUGCCCCUCCCUAGUGCCCCGCUCUUUAGUGCCACACCUGGCAGCCUCGUCGUGCCCUGCCCUAUCACCCCGCUUGGCAGCCCCGUCGCGCCCCGCUCUAGCGCCUCGCUUGGCGGCCCCGUCGCCCAUCCGCGCCUGUCGCUCCACGCGCCAGUGCUCAACACGACCGCUCCUGCUGCCGCCACGCCUACUGCGCUCGCGCCUACCGAAGCGGCGCUCGUGCCUGCCACGCCCGCGCCUACUGCCGCCACGCCUACUGCCGCCGCGCCUGCACCCGCACUCGUGCCUGUCGCCGUCGCGCUCGCCGCGCCUGCCGAGCUCGCGCCUGCCGCACCUUUGCCUCUGCCGCUCACGCCAGCUGCGGACGCGCAUGCGCCUGCCGCCGCCUCCAGCACCUGCUGCGUCCGCACCCGUAGCUGUCGCUCCCUCGCUUACCACGCCUCCAGCAGCACCUAA